AUGAACGAUCCAAGACGCCUCUACUCCCUUCGCUCGCUCCCUGCAUGUAUCGCCUGUCCGUGGCUUGAACAAAGUCUGUACAACAACUUUACAGUACGAAAGACACCUUCUUUGAACAGAUUGCAUCUGAAACGAGUGCUAUUUGUGACCGUCUACAUGCCCCUGCUGAUGGGCAAAUGCGAUAAUGCCACAAAGAACAUUCGAAACAUUUUUGAACCCCGAAGCGCUCAAAGAAAGUCGAAAGCCCGCCCGCUGAUGUCCCUGAUUGAAGAUGUCUACGCACCUCUAGACUGGGAAGUGACAUCAAAGCCAGGAGCCUUGAAAAGUUAUAUAAUGCAGAGUUCCCGAUCGUUGAUCAACUGGUUUCGUCUCCAGCACUUCGUCUCCAUCAGCCAUGCUGAUCUACUAGGAGAAGAGCAGCGAAACUCAUACCGGCUGCUCUUUGACUGGUGGACAGCAGCCUACGGUCGCCCUUCGACUCCUCUCUUAUACUGCUCUCAGUUACAGUUUCUUGUUCAUCAGACACCACGCUUGAGACGCUUCACCGAUAGAUACAAAGAGCUGUGGAUCUGCAUACAGAGCAACCUUUCAGAGACACUGAGCGACUUGCAGUCCAGAGAGGCAGGACAUUCCGAUUACGACAAGGCCUUAUAUCGACUCUUCGUGGCUGAAUUCGGCGACUUUCGCACAUGCGUCGAUGAAGCCAGCGAAGGCUACUCUACACUGCGCGCUCAUAGGAUACAUGCGGCAAGAGAGGCCUAUUACCGGCAAGCCUCGUUGCAUUGUUCGCAAAUAAGCGACCGGAGUUCUGAUACUCGGCCUGGAUCCUUUAGUCCUAUGCUUGCCAGCAGAAAUGGGACUGGAUUCACACACGAGUGUUCCUGGGUUCGUCCAGUCGAAGCGUCCAGUCUAUGCCCCCCCCCGACACUUGAUUGUGGCCCUCGUAUCGCAGCAUGUCCAUGGCUCAAGGACAAGCAGGAGGAUUCCUUUGGCCUUGGUGGAUGGCCCGAGUAUCUGUGGCAUCUAAAUAACAGAUGCUUGGUCCGAACUCGGGACUUGGGCCCAAAGCGUCCUGCCUAUACUGCGAUCAGUCAUACAUGGGGCAGAUGGAUGAGCGAAAACGAUGGAUACUACAUACCAAACGGCAUGAAGUAUCGUGUCCCUCAAAAUGCCAUGUUCGAUAUAAAAUCUCUACCGCAAAGCCUACAUCGCCUUGGUACCAAGAUUGAUACCGAUUACGCCUGGUUAGAUCUAGUCUGUAUACCACAGGGAUGCAAGGGCGAAGCGUUAGACAAAGAGCAUAGCAUUCUCAAAAGGCAAGAAAUAUCACGACAAGGCUCAAUAUUCCGCAAUGCUAAGCGUGCAAUUGCUUGGUUCCAUGACGUCGAUGAUUUUUCUUGCCUUGGAGGGCUCAUCGAAUUCGCUGCCUUGUCAAUGAUCGGCAUAGACGAGACGCUCAAGGAGGAGUCGCAGCAUGAGCGAGAGCGGAGAAUGGCUGGAGCAUUGUCGCAGAUGGAGGAUGGGUUAACAGAGCUCUCUUCAAAGCCGGAGGAUACGCCCAAAGGGCCGGAAACUGUGUCUAAGACCCGACAUGUGGCUUGCGACAUGGGAUUGGAAGUUUCUUUGUUUGGGAGGAAACACUCGGAUACCUUUAAAUGGGGCUUUGUGUAUCCUCCAGAAGAGUUGCGCAAGUGGGAAACGUUGACCGGCCUCAGCGAGCUCCUGAGCCUCCGACAGAUUGACAUUAUUCGGCUUAAAGACCUGCGGUACUGCAAAGAAGGGAGGUCAGAGGCCAUAAUGUCGGUUGUUGGUGCCAGCCGGUGGUACGAUCGAGUUGUCGCGGGUCAAUACAGUCCGGAGUCGGAUUUGAUUCUUAAUAAGUACUGCAGAGCGUUCAUCAGCGAGGUAAAACGCUUGAUUCCGACUGAGUUUUACAUGGGCUAUACGAAACAUGUGUCCAUAUAUGAAGAGGGUCGGAUGAAGGCAGCGCACACUUUUACCUGCUUCGAUGGCAAAGGCACCGUACGCGACUAUUCAGCCUCGGGCUCGUCUGGAACAAGUGGCUCUCUGAUGCCAUUCGGAACAGCCGGUGAAUGCUUUGGGACAAACGCGGCUCUUUGGCUAGGCAACCAGCAGGCACACGACUCGGUUUCUUCAUGGGCCAUCGAUGAACUUGGCCGAGUUAUGAUCAAAAGGGCUUGUAUACUAGCUCCAAGCCGCAUUGCAGUCUCCAAAACCCAGGGCAUAACCAACGCAACUAUUCAAAGUGCUUUCGACGACAAACGUCUCAAGAAAAAAAUGCCCCUUUUUAAAAAGAAGAAACCAAUUAAUUUGGCCGACCUGCCUCAAUUUGGCAGGGGGGAGUUCGGGACAUACUUUGUUGUUAUAUCAAGCCUUUUCGAAAACGCAAACUAUGCUCCUGGAUUUGGUGUGCCGUCUUCUCAAGUGCGGAUCCAAGGUAUAAUGCUUCGCGCCGUGGGGCAAAAGUCUGAAGAAACUCGAGGAUCACGACUGUUGAUUCCUGAAGGAUCUUUUUACAUGACGUUACAGACAAAGGCCGGUACCCUAUUCGAGCUUCCGGAAGAGUGUGCAGUUGACUGGAUUGUGUUAUAA